CUCUCCUCUCCUCCCUUAUUAGUAGCACGUCUCUCUGGCUCCACUAAAUUCAACAGCCAGCAGCCCAGCAACGCCGCGUCUUCAAGGAGCUUCAGCCUCGGCGUACUCCUCUGAAGGGAGCGGCUGCAAUGGCCGAACGCGUCUACCCCGCCGCGAAGCCCAACCCUCCGCCUGCAAUGGCCAACGGCGCAGGAGCCGGCGCCGGCGCACCGGCGGCAGCUGCGCCCAAGCCGCAGAUGUACCAGCGGCCCAUCUACCGGCCCCAGGGUGCGGGGAAGAGCCGGCGCGGGCGGUCCUGUCGCUGCAGCUUCUGCUGCUGCUUCUGCUGGGCGCUGCUAGUCAUCAUCCUCCUAGCAAUCGUAGCCGCCGCGGCCGGGGGCGCCUUCUACCUUCUCUACCGUCCGCAGCGGCCCAGCUUCUCCGUCUCCUCCGUCCGCCUCACCGCCUUCAACCUCUCCUCCUCCGCCACGGCGCCCGUGCUCACCGACUCUAUCAGCCUCACGGUCACCGCGAAGAACCCCAACAAGAAGCUCGUCUACUUCUACGACGACUUCUCCUUCUCCGCCGCCACGGCCGCCAACGCCGUCCCGCUCGGGGAAUCCGCCUCGCCCGGGUUCGCGCACGCCGCCGGGAACACCACCGUCUUCACCGCCACCGUCGCCGCCGCCGCGCUCACCGUCGACCCCAGCGGCGCCAGCUCCGACCUCAAAAAGUCCGGCGCCUUCUCCGUGGCUAUCGACGCCGAGACGCGCGCCGGGGUCAAGGUGGGCGGCCUCAAGACGAAGAAGAUCGGCAUCCAGGUGCGCUGCGAGGGCAUCAAGGUGACCCCGCCCAGCCCGCCCCCGCCGGCGCCGAAGAAGACCAAGGGGAAGAACGGCACCGCCCUGGCCGCGCCGGCCCCCGCGCCCGCGCUGGACACCGCCGAGCCGUCGACCACCGCGACGGUGAGCACCGCCGCGCACGCGUGCAAGGUCAGAGUCCGCGUCAAGAUCUGGAAGUGGACCUUCUAGGUAUGAGCGUCGACUUUUAGGGACUGGAGUGCUAAACUUUCAGAGAAAGAAAAAAGAUUUUUCACUUUACAAAUACUCUUGGAGUAGAGACCAUGCCAUGCGUCGUCGGUGUAAAUUCCCUCAAAACAUUUCUUUUAUUUUUAUUCUUGUUUUGAACAUUUUUCUUUUGUAUCUGUAGUGGAUUGUAUAAUUUGGUGAUUUGUUAUUUGUAACACUAUCAUUCGAAUAUAUCAACUUCGCUAGUACUUGCUACUACAA